UAUGAUGUCUAGUAGCCAAUAAUCCAUUACCAACACCCACAAUCUCAUCAUCUCCUCUUGGUUUGUCUUGGUAACCAUGACUGACUCCUCCAAGCCUUGGAGACCAUUCGCUGCAAAUUGUUGUUCAGCUGAUGACCAAACAAUUUUUGGCAAUUUCAGCCGUUGCAGGCCAUCCAGAUCUGACUUCUCCAAGAACAUUGCUCCAUUACCAUCGUUUCGACGAUUGUCCUACUCUGAUCUUAGUCGUUCAUCGUCCACGCGCAUCACCGAGGAUCUUGCACAAUCCUUUGGGCCUGAUUUGUACGAUUUCCAGCUAAGCGAGCUGCGGGCUAUAACCCAGAAUUUUGCGAGCAAUUAUCUGUUAGGAGAAGGUGGGUUCGGGACUGUGCAUAAAGGCUACGUGGAUGACAAUUUUAGGCAGGGUUUGAAGGCUCAAGCUGUAGCUGUCAAGCUAUUGGAUAUUGAAGGCCUCCAAGGACACCGUGAAUGGCUUGCAGAAGUAAUAUUCUUGGGGCAGCUUCGGCAUCCACACUUGGUCAAAUUGAUUGGCUAUUGCUGUGAGGACGAACAACGUCUUCUUGUAUAUGAGUUCAUGCCCAGAGGCAGUUUGGAGAAUCAUUUGUUCAAAAGGAUCUCAACAUCAUUGCCGUGGGGCACCAGAUUGAAGAUUGCCAUUGGAGCUGCAAAAGGGCUUGCAUUCUUGCAUGGGGCUGAGAAUCCUGUCAUAUAUCGUGACUUCAAAACUUCCAAUAUCUUGGUUGAUUCUGAUUUUACAGCAAAAUUAUCGGAUUUUGGACUUGCCAAGAUGGGGCCUGAGGGCUCAAACACGCACGUCACAACUCGCGUUAUGGGCACCUAUGGCUAUGCUGCCCCAGAAUAUGUAUCGACAGGUCACUUGACGACGAAAAGUGAUGUUUACAGCUUUGGAGUGGUACUAUUAGAAUUGCUUACAGGGAGAAGAUCAGUGGAGAAAUCAAGGUCUAAGAACGAGCAAAUCCUUGUCGAUUGGGCUAAGCCUUACUUGAGUAGCAGUCGGAGGCUGCGCUAUAUAAUGGACCCAAGACUCAGCGGGCAGUAUUCCGUUAAAGGAGCAAAAGAGAUGGCUCUUCUGGCAUUACAAUGCAUCAGUUUGAACCCUAAAGACAGGCCAAGGAUGCCAGCCAUUGUUCAAACUCUGGAAGCCCUGCAACAGUAUAAGGACAUGGCGGUCUCCUGCGGUCAAUGGCCUGUAUCUGUGUCACCAAAAUCCACUAAAACUAAUGGACCUAAAUUCAGGGGCGCACAAGGUAGAGGUAAGCUGACUGCAACUACUGCAAAUGGGAAGGCCGCAUGAUACCAAGUUUGGAACCUACUUGAGUGUAAAUUAUUAGUAUAUAUAAUGGAAUAUAUUUGAGCAUAAAUUGUGGGGUGAUGAAUGACAUAUGGGCCACGCACAGGCACAGCACAGGGUAUGAGUCAAAAUUGAUGGAAAUUAAGCUAAUCUUUGUUGGACCGGACCUAAUCAGGAUUCAGGCAUCAUUUUAAGGAUACCUUGUCGGCAUUCAAAAUCAAAGAGUGGUGGAUCAUGAGUUGAAUCGCAUGCAAGCAUCUGGCUUGCAGCUUUUACCUUUGUGCAUAGACAGGAAUUGAGGUUGUGAAGGUGCUUUAAGCCUAAGCCAUUUUGCAGCAUUUUAAUCCCUAAGUCUAACCUCUGGUGUGCGGUUUGCCAUUGUCAAAAUUGACAUGCGAGCGUC